AGAAACAGGGUGAGACGACGCCUAGAUUCUAUUUUGGUGCUGAGCGAAGAGUAGAAUUUACUUCUGCCUUGUCGUACUAGGAAGGAGGGGCAAGAUCUUCUUUCCCACGAGGCCGCCGCGGGGUGAAGAACUCCUUCUCUCUGUGCAACUAGUACUAGUAUCUUCUUCGUCCUCUCCUAACUAAGGUGAGAGCGGCCUCAUCUGGGUGAUAUCAUUGUACUUCAUCUUCUACGUAAAAAUCUGAUAACAACAUCAAAAGCGCACUGUUGAAAAAAAGACGACUCCUGUACUUAAGUAUAUCUUGACAAAGACAAUAACAUGGCGAUGUUCGGUGUCUCCGCUGCGGCCGGGGCGAUUUUUAAGGUGGCCACCGGGACCAAACGGGCGAUCGACUUCCUGCAAUCCUUCAACGGCGUGGAGGAGGAGGGAUAUGUGCUCUGGAAGACCUUGGAAGCCUUGACAAUCCCAGUCCAGGUUGCGGAGAAACUACUGAUAAGAGAGGAGGCGUUGCCGCUCUUGCUGCCGAGUAUUUUUCUCUGAUAUUUUACAGCGCUGCGUGAUGAUCAAGAUAAAUGUUUUUCUUGUUGUUUUUGAUGUUGUGAGGGUGAAAAAUUUCAAGUACUAUCCGCAGCUUGUUCUUCUGUGCGAAAUUUCGAACCGAGUAUGAACGUAAACCUAUCGUAUCUAUCAGGUACCAAGCUGAUCCGUUUCCAGAUCCGCAAGGUGGAGGAGAUUCUCGACAUUGGCUCGGAUGAGGACGACGAGCGGCCCGAUUCGAAAGAAUCGUGGACGAAGUGGCUAAAGACGAAGAAAGACGGGAAGGACAGGCGAGAGCGGAUCGCCGAGAUGCUGCCCAAGCUCAAUGCGGUGAUCUCUCUACUCAACCUCGGUUUGCAAACCCUCUCCGUGCAGCCGCAACUCUGUAAACGCGUCCAGCAGGGUGCGCCGUUUGCGUACUCCAAUAGCGUGACGACGACCAUUUACAACAAGGCAAAGCGGUUAUUACAGGAGUUCUUAUUCGGCAGGUGUACGAGUUGUCUGCUCUGUUGCGGCGAGCUCUGGGAGCAGAAAGGGCCUCCAAGUGGGAAAGGUUCAAACAGCGAGCAUUUGGGCAAGGCGGAUGUGUGGCUGGUGUUAGACGAGGAGAAGUCAAAUACGAGAGAAAAGAAGUUGUUGCUGAAAAUCAAACCUAAUCCAGACGAUUUGGACGAGGAGGAUUCCGGGGAAAGCUGGGAAGACGUGGUAAAAAAUGGUGUGUUUCUGCCUUUAGAAGGUAAUGUGGAUGUCAUCAUGCUGAGUGUAGAAGUCCUGUUGGAAAUCAUGACCUCGAUGCAGCUUGACCGCUUGUUGACCAAAAGAUGCUAUCAAAACGGCCUGUUGAUAAAAUUCAGGUAAUCCCUCUUGCUUUCAAGUCGCCGUCGACCUUCGCCCGCAUGCGUCCUUCCGACGCGAGUUUACGGAAAGCCCUGAACCAGGCCCACGAGUCGGAUUUGGCGGACGUGUAUCAAAUGCAGAUAUGUCUGGGUCUGGAAGAGUGCAAACUUGCGAUGCGCAUUUCAGAACUCACACAAAUCUCUCAUGCAUAGACAGCAAAAGUUGCCCACUUUCUGCCACCGAAAUGGGGGAUUUGUGAUGCGGAUUAGGCAUUGCGGAGCCUUCUCGAAACCUGUGAUGCUAGGGCUUCCAUGCAAGACCUUCUGUGUCAUGCAAAAACAGCAUGACUCUUCCAGAUCCAGACCCAGACAUAUUUGCAUUUGAUAACGUGUGCUACAAGAUCCAAACCGCGAAAAACUCGGCAACAACGCACUACUUCGAGUUCACCGAGGUGGUGGAAAUUAGUAUGGGACUCUCAAUUGUUACAUUCUCAACUGUUGCAUGAAUUUGUGAUGCAAGAAUGGCAACAGGGAAAUGCCGAAUCUCGCAACUCUUGCAUUACAAAUUCGGCACAGAUUCCCAUGCUGUUUGACCCUUCCUGUUCUUAAAUUUGUCAUGCGAGGUAGCUUCCAGGUGUGGACCUUGAUGCUCAUUGUGCAUGACAAAUCAUGUAUACAGUUGGGAAUAUAACAUUUGAGAACGCCAUAAUUAGUUGUGAGGUGUUCGAAGCCGCCGUGGUCCUUGCAAAGUACACUCACUCGUUGGCGAACGACUUCCCGGCGGAAGAGAGUAAAUUUUCGACCAUAAUGAAGCAGUACGAGUGUCCUUACUCACUUCUGUCUUCGGCGGAUGAGUUGGCGAACAAGAUGGCGGUGCUGGACUUGCAAUAGAGAGGGUAGGAGCUGGUCGCGACGAACGUUUUGGCGUAGCUGCUGGACGCUGCUGCAGUGCCGGAUGAUGGAGCUGGUUGGAAGAUGGUGUUUGGGAGUGGUGGUCGUAAGGGCCACAAUAGUACCGGCGGACGCGGGUCGUGGUGCCAAGACUACUUGGUGCAGGACGAAUUGUGCUGAACAAAUCUAACGACUGUUUCCCUUUUGGUAGGUGGUUUCUACGAAAGAUGAACGUCCGAGAGUGAAACCGAAUGGGAAUGAACAACAAAACCCCGACUGCCUGGUAGACCUGCUGCAAUAGAACUACGACUACCUACCCGAGCCGGGCUUCGACUUUGUCGACAACCUCCUUUUCAGGCUAGACCUCUUUGCGCACCGCCCCGUGCGACAGUCAGAAAUUGUUGACAGCUUGUUUUUAUACCCUCGUCCCUCUCAACAUCAAACUUCAUUCCGCCACGAUGACCAAAUGAACAGAUGAAGCGACAUUUUUAUUCCAGCCCUAUUGAUAAGAACGCGAGUGCAACGUCGUCUUUCUAUCUGAUACAAGCGGUGUACGACUGUUCAAUUUGCU